ACCCUUAGUGACGGGGGGCGCUCGGGGAGGGAGCCCGGGUUUGUCCUCCUGGGAGGAAAAACGUGGAGCCUGAACCUCGCUCGGGACCCCCCGGGGCUCCGAGUCCAGCCCCGAGCGGCAGCUCCUGUGUUUAAUGUUUCCAGGCUGCUCACAGCGGUUCUGGUGUUCUGACUGCGCUUUUUAGCAGAAUCGCUUCUCGGUUGUCAUGUUUAGGAGGAUGGUGGUUUCUAAGACGGACGUUGUAACUUUCCUACUUUGGCAUCAAGUUUAAAACCACUGAGAUUCUGCAGCAUUACAUGUUGGUAAAAUUGCCCUGUUUAUUUGUAUCAUGGCUCUGCCUCUUCCCUUUUGUAACACAUCUGUGGAACUUCACUGCACUUCUGUCCUGCCUGCGUAGUGUUUUUGACCAACCGUUUUGGGGUUUGCCCACCUACUGGCUCAUUUUUCACGAUCUCCGCCAGGAGAAUUUAAACACUGAAGGAAGAUGUCUUUUUUCCCGAAAAUAUAUUUCCAUCGUGAAGUUGAAGAGUAUCUCACCAAUGUGUUCAGAAAUAGUGAGCUUGUAACUGCUUUAGGUACAAAGGAAGCAGAGAGUAAAUAUCAAUCUCUGUUAAGUCAUCUAUCUCAUCCACCAGCUUUCACAACUGUUAGAGUCAAUACCCACUUGGCCUCAGUGAAACACGUGAAAAAAAUGCUGUUUGAAGAGAUCCAGAAGCAAUUUAAAGGAAUAUGUGUUCCAGUUCUUGAGCACCCAGAACUCCAGGACAUCUUAUUAAUUCCUGCCAUUGGACCCAGGCAGGAUUUAAAAAAACAUGAAUCUGAAGUCAUUGUUGGAGCACAGUGUGGGUAUGCAGUACUUCGAGGAGCACAUGUUUAUGUUCCUGGAAUCAUAUCUACCUCAAGAUUUAUGAAAGCUGGAGAUUUGGUCUCAGUAUAUUCAGAUAUUGAAGGGAAAUGUAAAAGAGGAGCCAAAGAAUUUGAAGGAGUCAAGGUUUUCCUUGGAAAUGGGAUUUCAGAACUGAGUCGCAGUGAAAUCUUCAGCUCACAUGGCCCAAUGAAUGGGAUGGGCAUCAGAAUGAUAGAGCCAGUCUACCUCAGUCCGUCCUUUGACAAUGUGCUCCCUAGUCAUUUGUUUUUACAGAACUUACCUUCUGUGGUUGUGAGCCAUGUUUUAAACCCUCAACCAGGAGAGAGAAUUUUGGACAUGUGUGCUGCACCUGGAGGAAAAACAACCCAUCUUGCAACAUUAAUGCAUGAUCAGGGUGAAGUAAUAGCAAUGGACAAGAUAGCUAACAAGGUCAAAAAAAUUAAGCAGAACGCUGAAUUGCUACAGCUGAAUUGUAUUAAGGCAUUUUGCUAUGAUGGAACAAAGGCACUUUCAGUUGAGAAGAGAGAGGAUGAACAAGAAGGACCUCCAUUCUUACCAGAGUCAUUUGAUCGGAUUCUUCUUGAUGCUCCGUGUAGUGGGAUGGGGCAGAGACCAAACAUGUCUUAUUCCUCAACUUUAAAGGAAGUGAUGUCUUACCAGCCGCUGCAGCGCAAGCUUUUCACGGUGGCAGUGAAAUUGCUGAAGCCAGGAGGUGUUCUAGUGUAUAGUACAUGUACGAUUACACUCUCUGAAAAUGAGGAGCAAGUUGCAUGGGCCCUAGAAACUUUUCCAUAUCUCCAGCUUCAGCGACAGGAACCUCAUAUCGGAGGAGAAGGCAUGAGGGGAGCUGGACUGGCACUUGAUCAGCUGAAGCUGCUUCAGAGAUUUGAUCCAUCCGCUGUGACCGUGCAAGGAAUGGAUAUUAAAGCCUUGCAAGAUUCCCGGGAAGAUGAUUUGAUUUCACUGGCAAAUAAGGACUGUAUAGGUUUUUUUAUUGCAAAGUUUAUUAAAUUGAAUGGUAAAUAAGCAUGCAGCAAUACAACCUGGAAAAAAAAUACCUCUGUAAGGCUGAAAUGUGGCUCUUGGUGCCGCGCCGUUGCCAAGCCAACAGGCUGACGGCAGGGUUGCUGUGGCAGCCAGAAAAGCUGCCAGCUGCUCUGCUGGGAAAGGGCCACGGGCUGGGGGAAGGGCACGGUCAUUUGGGGUCGGUUUGCUUUCCUAUGACAGCAGGUCACUGCUUGAAUGACAAGCACGUUCAAUCGCACUUCGGUCUGUUGGCUCUCGCCAUGCGAGCAGCUCGGCUAGUGCAGGAAAUGCAGGAACAGGGUGGUGUUUUUUUUUUGGGGGGGGGACGGGAACUGGGAAGGUAAGGUCCUUUAGAAAAUGCAAUCAUAAAUAGGUGGGAACUAUUACUGUGAAUUUUGGAAAAAAAGCCGUUUCAGUGGAGAUUUGCGGAUAGUUAAUGCUUCGUUAAGUAGUGCUUCAGGAAACACUGUAACAUUUUACAAAUAACUUUUAUAAAUUGAUACUUAGAACCUCAUUUCUCUUUUAUUUUAAUACAAGCAAGAUUCUCUGUACACAUAGUAUAUACACAAAAUACGAUUAGGCUUUGUAGCAUGUCUUUUAUAGCAGCAUGAAUAUAUUAAACCAUCUCACUCUGGGAAUGUAAAUAAAUAUUGUUUCAACAUCAAACUUCCCAUGCAUAAACUGUAUUGGUUCCCAAACAGCCUAUUGGACUGGCUGACAAGUGACAAUUUUAAAAUCAAACAUUUGCAAUAGAAGGGGCUACAGCUGUGAUGAAAAUAUCAAAAGACAGAAAACAAUGCAUAAUAUCAUCUUAAAUGUUGCAAAUCACCUUUCAAACAACUAAGAAUAUUAACUCUUUACUGGUUAGAAAGCAUCAACGGCUAAAAUCAUAUGAAAAUUGAAACUGGGGAAGCAUGCUAAUGAGAACUGACUUAAUACACUGCUCAAAGUUUUAAUAAUCUAAACUUCUUAAAUGUGUUGUAUGUAUUUAAAAAAUUCUGCUUCAGUUACAGAGGUGUUCUCUGUCUGAAUAAUGUUCUCUUUUCUUAGUACUGCUGGAAAUAGCACGAAAAUUGGAGGGAAAAAGUAAGCAUGAUUCAAAAACCUAAACUGACACCUGUGUUUUGUUGUGGGCUUUUUUGUUGUUGUUGCUGUUUUCCCACUGAUUUUCAAAGCAUUAUCUGGAAAAAAUAUCUUAUUUUGCACACAUGGUUAUUUGGUUGGAUUAAAGACUGACAUUUCUUUUCUAAUUUGCUUUUUGUACUGUCAGAAGUGCUUUUGCAUUUACUCAAUUUAUAAAACUCUGUCACUAGUCUGGUUGUGUACUUAUAUUUGCUAUAAAUGUUUUGAUAUAUAUAUGUUUUGUACUGUUCUUGAAUAAAUGAAAUGUCUCC